AUGAGGACUGCAGUUGAUUUGAUAAAUCUUUCUCCAUCAGUUCCUCUAGAUGGUGAUAUCCCUGAGAGGGUAUGGACGGAAAAAGAUGUGUCCUUUAAGCACUUGAGAGUUUUGGUUGUCGGGCUGUAUGAUCCUAUUGAGAAGAAGGUGAUUAGGAGCAGAGAUCUCGUUUUCUUUGAAGAUCAAACCAUUGAAAACAUUGAUAAAGGUGAUAAUUCAAAAUCUUCAGAUGACAUUCCUGCUAGCUCAAUUUCAGAUCCAAAUUCAAUUCUAGUACCUGUUGAUUUUAAUCAAGAGGAAGCUGAGACAAAGCAGAGAGAGAAUGUUAAUGAUGAUGGAGGAGAGCCAGAGUCCUACUGCGAGGCUUUAGAGUAUGAGAACAAAGAAGAUUGGUUGCGAGCCAUGCAACCAAUGACGUCCCUGCAUGAGAAUCAUACUUAUGACUUAGUGAAACUGCUUAAGGCCAGUUUGAAUUUGGAAAUCGAACAACUUGAUGUAAAAACAGCCUUCUUGCAUGGCGACUUGGAAGAGAAGAUCUACAUGGAGCAAUUGGAGGGGUUCAAAGAAAGUGAUAUGAAAAAUCUUGUAUGCCAUCUCAAGAAGAGUUUGUAUGGGUUAAAACAGGCAUCGAGACAGUGGUAUAAGAAAUUUGACUCCUUCAUGAUAGAUCAUGGGUGCCAUAGGACUACAUUUGAUCACUGUGUUUAUGUGAAAAAUUUUUCAAAUGGUGAUUUUGUUAUUCUCUUGCUAUAUGUUGAUGACAUAUUGAUUGUUGGUCGUGAUACUAUAAAAAUUGACAGGUCAAAUAUUGCUCAUGCAGUUGGAAUAGUCGGUUGGUAUCUUUCAAAUCCUGAUAAGGAGCAUUGGAAUGCUAUCAAAUGA